GGGUAAUCCCGAGAACUGUGAGGUCCAGCCCUUGGGGAAAAAAAAAGAACUACAGAUGGAUUUUUUCCCCCAGAGCAACAACAUACGGACUAAGAGCACAGAGAAGAUUCAGGCAAGCCUCCAUCCAGCAACAUGGCAACAUAUGUUGUGUGUCUUCUGCUAGUCCUUACCCUGGUACGCUCAUCUCUUGCACAGCCAAAGCUCCUACUGUUUUUGCUUGAUGGGUUUCGACAUGAUUAUCUCUCCGAGGAAGCACUAGAGUCUUUGCCUGGCUUCAGAGAGAUUGUCAGCAGGGGAGUGAAAGUGGAUUACCUAACCCCCGACUUCCCCAGUCUUUCUUAUCCAAACUAUUACACCCUGAUGACUGGUUGCCACUGUGAAAUCCAUCAAAUGACUGGAAACUACAUGUGGGAUCCAGUGACAAAUCUGUCUUUUGACAUUGGUAUGAACCCAGACAGCCUUCGGCCUCUUUGGUGGAAUGGAUCCGAGCCCUUGUGGGUCACUAUGACAAAAGCCAAGAAGAAGGUCUCUAUGUACUAUUGGCCCGGCUGUGAAAUUGAAAUCCUUGGAAUUCGACCUAACUAUUGUAUACCGUAUGAAAAUGUUCCAACGGAUGCCAAUUUCUCCAAUGCUGUAAAUAAUGCCAUUGAGUCUUUAAGCAAUGGUGCAGCUGAUAUGGCAGCCAUAUACUAUGAACGGAUUGAUGUAGAAGGUCAUCGUUUUGGCCCUUCAUCUUAUCAGAGGAAGAAUGCUGUAAAAGCAGUGGAUAACGUUUUGCUCAGGAUGUCUAAGCUUAUCAAGGACAAGAAUUUGCAGAAUGAUUUAAAUGUUGUUUUCUUUUCUGAUCAUGGGAUGACUGAUAUUGACUGGAUGGAUAAAGUGAUCGAACUGAAAAACUGUAUCAACAUGAGUGAUGUUAUUAAAGUGAAAGACCGAGGGCCAGUUGUAAGCCUGUGGCCAGAGAAAGGCAAGGAAAAUGAGAUAUAUAACAAACUGAAAAAUGUGCCACAUAUGACAGUCUAUAGAAAAGAGGAUAUCCCUGAUAGAUUUUAUUAUAAAAAAGGAAAAUUUGUUUCUCCGUUGACACUGGUAGCUGAGGAAAGAUGGUUCAUAGUAGAGAGCAGAGAAUCACUUCCAUUUUGGGAUAAUGGCACUGGAAAACGAGAAGCUUGGCAGAAGGGAUGGCAUGGCUAUGAUAACGAAUUCAUAGAUAUGAGAGGAAUCUUUUUUGCAUAUGGACCAGAUUUCAAGUCUAACUUCAGAGCUGCACCAAUCAGAUCAGUUGAUGUGUAUAAUGUUAUGUGCAAAAUUGCCGGAAUCCCGCCACUGCCAAACAAUGGAUCCUGGUCGAGAGUGGCCUGUAUGUUGAAAGAUAAUGCCAAUUUGGCCCCGGCGUUCCAAUGGAGCAGCUCUGUGCUGGGACUUAUUCUGUUUUCAUUGUUUGUAUAACAGAUCUUGCCACACCAGUCUCAGCACAAUGUCAGUCAGUGUGUCUAGUUUUUUUCCCCCUCCUUCCAUUUCAAUGGCAGCAUUGAAAUGUAAAAUGCUGUUGGGAGAAAAUGAUAUAAAUUAAUUUCUGAAAAUCCUGGUGCCAAAUGCUUGGAGAGGUAUAAACAAACAAAAACAAGCAUGAGUAGGUUCCGAUGGGCACAUGUUGUCCAUUACCAAAGUAAGCCCUUUUCCGCCUUCUGCCAUCAGUUCCAGAAUUAAUCCCCAGGGGGCUGAAACCAGUAAUCAAGAUGUACCAACUCAAAGCAGACAGACCCACUUGCUAAUCACGUCUUUUUCUAGCAGUUUUCUGCAUUUGCAAUACAUUUAAAUUUAGAUCAGCUUUUCACAGUCAGUCACUUCCCAUGAUGUGUUAUUUCUAUGCUGUCCAUAAUUCUCUGACAGCCAAUCUGGUGGACUAAUUUGCCAGGGAUAGUGCACUUUGGAGCCAGUUGUAUGGACAGCAAUGGAAAAAUGGACUUAAAUGACACUUUAGAAGUCCUAGAGCUUGUGUCCCAGACUUUUCCUAGUAUACAUACACGGAAGGUGACAGCCUGUAACUGAUCAAUAGCACGUAGUCACUGUAUAAAGUCCACCAGAGCCUCUUGGCAACCUCUCUACAAAGACCUCCAGUAAACACCUCAGGGCUUCAUGUGGCUGCCUGUUCCAGUGGCUGAUAGGUCAGGAAAUCCCAUUUGAUGCUAAUCUGAACCUGCUUCCUUUAGUUAUUCCUUUUCUUUGUGACAACCCUUUAGAAAGAUGAAAAGUGCUUUAUCACCUUCAGUUAUUUCUUCUGUGGCCUCAGCAUAAUCAGAGAGCAUUUCAAGAGAAUUAUGGACAGCAUGCCAUUUAAUCACCAGUUGCUGAGCUCAGCUUGAGGGAGGAAGAAGAGAAGAGACCAAUGUGGUACAGUGGUGAAUGGUGGUGGCAAAUCUUCAAUAAAGAGGCCUUCAAACUUUAGGGAAUUGAUUUGGGAUGAUAAUAAUGAUCCCAAUGACUAUUGGCACUCUUGGUGCUGUAUCAAAAAAUCCUGGACAACACAGAAAAUCUGCACAUUGACAAAAUUUCCUCCUGUCAAUUACAAAAGGCCACAUUGCUUGGAUCCGCAACGUACUCUCCUGGGUACAUUUCACACAACUAUACACAUAUAAAGCCAGGCAGAAUAAUUCCAUAAUAACUGAUAAACAUUGAUGUGUGCUUUUAAAUCUCAAGUGAAUCAUUGAAUCAAUUGGAAUGGAGGAAAAGAAAAUCUUUUGUUAUCUGUCUAUUGAAUAUAGAAGGCAAUUUAGUUCUUGUUAGGCAUUUGCAGUAGUUGGAAAACAAAGAUCUAUUGUUUAAAGGUCUGCAUGCUAUAUUAAUAGAGCAGACUGUUUGAAUUCUUUGGAGCACUGUUCCCUUCCAUUUAAAAAAAAAAUCAUUCAAAACCUUCAUUAAAUUUUUUUACAAUUUUGCAAGACAGGCAAACAGAAAAAACAGACCAUACAAAGUAAUCUUCUGUAUUCUUGUGGUCAGAAAGUUUCAUUAUUUCUUUGUCUCCUCCUCACAUCAUUUUUAAACUGUUUUUAAAAACUCUUUUAAUAAUAGUUGGGUUACCGAGGUAUUAUUUUGAAGAGUGCACAUAGCACAUUUUGCUGCUAAGCAAAAUGAUUCUGAGGCAGAACUUUUCAGACGUGUUUGUAGAAAGUUACGGAUGUGUAGAAGGAUAGCUGCAUCAUUCCCCCAAAUAUGAGGUAUUCAAAUAAAAGAACUACUUGGA